CCGCUCACCGCUGAUGACGACACUCAACGUGUUUCGCUUGUUUUGAAAUGGGAAGUUUGCUGCUGAGUAUCCGCUAAAGACAAACAAACUGUUGCCUUACGUCCGCGCAUGAAGACACGGCGGGAAAUAUCCUUUUCCAGUAUUUCCAGGUGGGUUUGACAGAUCUGCGUGGGAGGGAUAUGGAUGUUAUUCCCAUGUGCAGUAUAUUCCAGGAGCUACAGAGUGUCCUUGACACGGGAUACCUGUCCGCACUACCAUCUUUGGAGGAGUACUGGCAACAGACUUGUCUUGAGCUUGAGCGCUAUCUGCAGAACGAACCCUACGUCUCUGCAGCUGAUCUGAGAUCAGUGUGCGAGUGUGACGAUCUGUGGAACCAGUUUCUGCAGUGCUGUGGGACUGGAGCGAGCUCGUCUCCACCAGACGCUUCCAUCUCCAGGCAGGACGGGAUGUCUACUUCUUCCCAUUCAUCAGUCGGCAGCUGUGAGAAGAUCAUUUCCUCUCCUGAUGUGCUCUCACACCCACUGGGUCACAGCGGAUCUGAGCAGCAGCAUGUCACCACACACACGCCACCGACGCCGCCCUCUUCACCCUCACUCGCUCCUAUGGAGGUUAAAGAAGAGGCAGAGGAGGCGAGAGGGGAAGAGGUCAAAGGUGAGGUGUCACCUGAAGGACGAAGGAGAGCUCAUCGAUGUUACUUCAAUGGUUGCAGGAAGGUGUACACCAAGAGCUCUCACCUGAAAGCACAUCAACGCACGCACACCGGUGAGAAGCCAUACAGGUGUUCAUGGGAUGGCUGUGAGUGGCGCUUUGCUCGAAGUGAUGAACUGACAAGGCACUUCAGAAAACAUACCGGAUCGAAACCCUUCAAAUGCAGCCACUGCGACAGGUGUUUCUCUCGUUCUGAUCAUCUGGCCCUUCACAUGAAGCGACACAUCUGAACGAGAGGAGUGAGGGACAGACACACUGGUACAGCACAAGAAUGAACAGAAUGUGUGUAAAAAUCCCAAAGACCAGCACAGCUGGUUUUCUGUGUAUUCAUUGACUGUCAGUGUUGCACAUUCUUGCCAAUUAUAUGUUUUCAGCAAAGGGGUAAUAGAUUUUGUUCCCAUGCUGGUGACAUUUGACUUGUUGUUUCAAGUUAUAGCAUAGCUAUGAAUGCAUUGACAAUGCAGAAAGUCUGGUGCUAAAUACAUGUUAACAUAUUUGCAGGCUUUGCUAAUUGUAGUGUAUCCAUUUCACUCUGCCUUAAAAAUAAAAUCAUGGUCCGCACAGAACAUGUGCUGGCAAAAAUUUCUGUUUGACACAUUUUAUCAUAUUUAAAUUAAUAUAUUAUCAUAAUAAAAUCUGUGCCUGCUUUUCCAUUCUGUACUGAAAAUGAUCCACACCACAAAAACUAGUUUGUAUUUUGUAGAAAUUAUAUAAAAUAUAUAUAAAGAAACUGCACCAAAGGUGUUAGAAUAUAUAUAUAUAUAUAAGAUAAAGCUUUAUUUUUAAGUAACACUUUGCAUUAACACACUGAAAACUCUCUGCUUUAUUGCGCAGCUGAAAUGUUUUUAUCCAGAGCAGCUAUGUAUGUGUCCAUGUAGGUUAUAAGAAUACAUUUUUAAGAGUAAUAAAAGUGUUUUUUGCUGUCUAUAGUUUGCAAAUGACCUGCUUUAUCCAGCAGUUACAGGUUCAGUAAUUGUGCUGAUAUUACUGGUGAUGAAACCUUUUUAACCACCAAAGCAAAAAAAAUUGCUAAGAUUUUCGUAUUAGUGCCUUAAAAUCAUCCUCUUGAUCUUUGGCCAAUUAAAGUUCAAUUUUGGCCUAGAUCCGUUGGAUGAAACUGGAAAAUCGAUGAAAACUGUGUAUUUUGUCAUAAAGACUGAAAUGUCUGAAUUGUGUUAUUAAAUGAUUGUUACAUAAAGAGAGGAACUGGAUUUGCUACUGUGUAGUAUGCUGUCAUUUUGUGGUUUUAAAAAAUGCAUCAGGACCUUUCAUUGGCAGUUUUUGGUUUCUGUGAGUACAGAUUGACAUGAUGUCUAGCAUUUUUUGUCCAGAUGUUUAAAGCCCUGCAGGUGUUACUGAGACGAGGGUGUUCACUCAGGGAAUGAUAAUAUGAAAUCUGUUAAUGUCUAACUGGAAUUCAGUAUCUUUAGGGGAAUUUAAUAUGCACUCCAAUAUUAUCCCUUGAUAAUACUUUAUGUGCAUAUUUUUAAAGGUUAUGAGCUAAACACAUACAUAACAGAUUUUACUUUUGUUUCAUGCUAUUUGAGCAGUAGUUUGAAAUUUGACUUGAGUUUUCCGGUAUACCAUGAUCAUUAACAUGACUUUUGUAACCUUUCAAAUAUCUCUGCCUAGAUUGCCUGAUGUGAUGGUUUUGAUUCAUUUUUUAAUUGUAAACAAUGGUACUUUUUGUUUGCUCUUUAUUGUUUUCUUUGUUAAAAACAGAUCUAUAUACAGUAUAAAGCAGCAAUAUAGUGUAACAUUUUUAUUUUAUCUUUGUAAAUACAUUUUAUAUUGCAACAAUAAUAAAUGAUUUUUAUAAA